UUACUGAUGAGAGUGAUCCACAACUGGCUGGUCUUACCAAUCGCAUCAAAGAUGAGAUCGACGGUAAAGGAUGGUAUCGAAUCGGCAAAUUAAUGCUCAAAGUGGGUCAUUUCGAUCAAGCUGAGGAACUCUACAAUGAACUACUUAAGAAUGCUUCUGAUGGCAGCGAGAGAGCACAUAUCUAUCACAUGCUUGGAAUGAUGAAUUAUCAUCUAGGCGAAUACCAACAAGCAGUUACUUUCUACGAAAAAUCACUCGAAAUCUACCGAAAAAAGCUUCCAGAAGAUGAUGCCUCAUUAGCGCCUACUUAUGGUAACAUCGGUGGAGUGUAUGACAACAUGGGUGAAUACUCGAAAGCACUGGAAUAUUACGGAAAAUCACUCAAAAUAAGAGAAAACGUUCUGCCUCCGACUCAUCCGGAUUUGGC